AUGGAACAAUCAGUCCUGACCCAGACAGACUUACACCACUCAAAGACUGUGGGACGCCUCUAUCUUUCUCUCUCUGGCAUCCGUUCGUUCAUAUCUUCUAUGUCUCUUUUCAUCACAAAGUUUGUUGUUGCUCAAAGUCUGAAGAAAAAUUUUAACGAGCAAUUCAAGAAACAAGAGAAAAAAUGGCAGACAGAAAUAGAAAAUAUGAAAAAGAAAUAUGAACAAGAAAUUAUAAAUCUACAGCAGAAGCAAAAAGAAGCUACUGUUAUCCCAUCCAAACUGGUUGAUAAACCUGCAAAACGGAAAUUGAAUUAUUCACUAAAAGCAGUUAAAAUUAAUGAGACAAAGGUGAAGCCUCCUGAGAGAGAAAAAAGAUCUCCUGAAGUAACUUUAAUUAGCCAGGUGACGCCAAUUGAAAAAUCAGAAUUUAGUGAUGAUGAUGAUGUACUGGAAAUGGAAACUGAAGAAGAUGAAGAUGAAAGAAAAGGGGAUGAAGUAAAAGAAAUUUCCUCAGCAAUUGAAAAGGCACAAAUCAAUCAGGGUAUAGUUAAAGUGGUACAGAAACAGCAGCCAAAAGACAAUGUGAAAAAACCUUUAGUUGUUACAAAACCUCCAAGUCCAAUCAUUUCUAAAAAGCAAUCAAGUAUAAAUUUACAAAUUCCAAGUACAUCUUUGCAUCAAAAUACCUUAGAAGCUAAAUCUCAAAGUUCAUUAGCAUUUUCUCCCUCGAAGCAGUGGCCUAAAGAGUUAUGGAAACAAGAUAGUGAGGAUGAUGACAAUGGUAAGAGUGACACUUGGAGUGAUGAUGACGAUGAAGAUGACUUUGUGAGAACACCUCCAGAAUCAACUCGAAUCAUUUCCAAAAGUUCUCCUCCUGCUCGACCACCACCCAUUAAACAAAGUUUGUUGAACAAAUCUCAAACAAAUCCUCAACAGCCUUCUCUUAAAUCAAUUUCAAUGGCUGAGCAUAAACAGCAGCAGCAGUUACAACAAGCAGCAGUUGCUCGAACACCACCUGUGCCAUUCCCAAGAACUAUGCCAAAUACCAAAGCACUAGAUAUCAGUGACAAUUGGCAGAACUUUAAUGGCAGAAGGACAGUGCCAGCUCAGUCAUCCACCUCUGCAUAUUCCAGCUACAAACCAAAGAGAGAAUCAAAUGUUACUCGGCUCGGGAAUAUAAUUGAAGAUAAAUUGAUGAAUCGACCAUCAGUACAAUUUGCUGGAGCUGUUAAUUUAUUAAACAAAAAUGAGACACCAAAGGUGAAUGCUGAUUUUUUUUUUUUUUUUUUUUUUUUUUUAACACUUGGAUUUACAUAA